AUGGAGUUGGCCAAUGGGACCGCAGUUCAGGAAUUCAUUUUGGUGGGAUUUGACGUCGGGCGGCAGCAACGACUCCUGCUCCUUGGCUUUUUCACUCUUCUCUACUUGCUCGCCAUGGCUGAGAACAUAACCAUCAUCGCGCUGGUACAUCUCGACACCCACUUGUACCGGCAUCCCAUGUACAUCCUGCUGAGAAACUUCUCCUGGUUGGAGAUCUGUUACGUGAGCACCACUGUGCCCCGGUUGCUCUUUGACCUGGCAUCAUCCCACAAGAUCAUCUCCUUCAGUUCCUGUUUCCUCCAGUUUUACAUCUUCUUUUCUCUCGGCAGUACUGAGUGCUUCUUCCUCUCUUCCAUGGCCUUGGAUAGGUACUUGGCCAUCUGCCACUCACUGCGCUAUCCACAAGUAAUGUCCCCAAAUUUCUGCUUUGCCCUGGUAACUGGUUGUUGGGUCCUUGGCUUCGUGACAUACAUUGUCCCAGUGACAUUGAUCUCCAAGUUGUCGUUCUGUGGCCCCAACAUCAUUGACCAUUUCUUGUGCGAUCCUGGGCCAAUUCUGGCUUUGGCUUGCCCUCCACUACCAAAUGCUCCCCUCAUUAGUCUGAUUUUCAUGGAUGUUGUGGUGAUCGUCGGCAAUAUGUUGUUUGUUAUUCUGUCCUACGGUGCUGUGAUCGUCACACUGAUGAAAAACUCUCACCAAGGCAGUCGGUUGAAGUCCUUCUCCACCAUAUCAUUUCACCUAAUGGUGGUGACCCUUUUCUAUGGCCCUGCAGCAGGGUUAUAUGUAAUGCCAAAUGGAAAAAUUGAUUCAAAUGUCAUUAAGGUGGUAACAGUCUUCUACACUUCGGGAACACCCUUCCUUAACCCCAUGAUUUACUGCCUGAGGAAUGAUCAGGUGAAGAAUGCACUAGUUAGGUUGUGGAGAAGAAAGACAAUAUUUUUGAAGAGAAAGGUGACGGUGUAA